GUUCUCCUGCCCCUUCCCCCGCCCGGCGCCGCCGUAGCACUUCGGUGCGUUGCGCCGCGAGAGUCUAGGCAGUUCUGUGUGUGCGGCUGGGCGCUGGACCCCACCCGGUGGGCGACGAGACACGCGUGCUUGGCGCCUUUCCGCCCGGGGCCCUAGUCGCUGCACCGCCAGGAUCUGGGGAGGUACUGUGUCUGGCCUCUCGGUGCAUCGCUGCUCUGGGCGCCGCAACCCGCAGCCGACUGCCUUCCUCAGCCUUGCCUCUCCCCAGGGGCGCAGGCCGCCGGCGAUCGCCCACCGCCCAGCUCAGAGGAGCGGGGCUGCGGUGCGGCGUCCAGCGCGUUCCCGCAGCCGGCCCUCCGGCCUGCCUUCCCCGAAGGCAGCCCGCGCCUUGGAGGGAGGGAGCAGUCUGUGCGGACACCGGCGCGGCCAGGUGGGGAGAUGAGCUUCUUCGGCUUCGGGCAGAGCGUGGAGGUGGAAAUCUUGCUGAAUGAUGCGGAGAGUAGGAAGCGAGCGGAGCACAAGACUGAGGACGGGAAGAAGGAGAAAUAUUUCCUCUUCUACGACGGGGAAACCGUUUCGGGGAAGGUGAGCCUGUCUCUGAAGAACCCCAACAAGCGACUAGAGCACCAGGGCAUCAAGAUCGAGUUCAUUGGGCAGAUCGAACUCUACUAUGACCGUGGAAACCACCAUGAGUUUGUUUCUUUGGUGAAGGACCUGGCUCGGCCAGGAGAGAUAACCCAGUCGCAGGCCUUCGACUUUGAGUUCACCCACGUGGAAAAGCCGUACGAAUCCUACACAGGACAGAAUGUGAAGCUACGCUAUUUCCUUCGUGCCACCAUCAGCCGCCGCCUCAAUGAUGUUGUCAAAGAGAUGGACAUUGUAGUUCACACACUUAGCACAUACCCCGAGCUGAACUCAUCCAUCAAGAUGGAAGUUGGGAUUGAGGACUGCCUGCACAUUGAAUUUGAGUAUAACAAAUCCAAAUACCACUUGAAAGAUGUCAUUGUAGGGAAAAUAUAUUUCCUGCUGGUGAGAAUCAAGAUCAAGCACAUGGAGAUAGACAUCAUCAAACGGGAGACGACAGGCACGGGUCCCAAUGUGUACCAUGAGAACGACACAAUAGCCAAGUAUGAGAUCAUGGACGGGGCGCCGGUCCGAGGUGAGUCCAUCCCUAUCAGGCUCUUCCUGGCAGGGUAUGAGCUCACGCCCACCAUGCGGGACAUAAAUAAGAAGUUCUCUGUGCGCUAUUACCUCAACUUGGUGCUGAUAGACGAGGAGGAACGGCGCUACUUCAAGCAGCAGGAAGUGGUGUUGUGGCGGAAGGGUGACAUCGUACGGAAGAGCAUGUCCCACCAGGCAGCCAUCGCUUCACAGCGCUUCGAGGGCACAACCUCCCUGGGUGAGGUGCGGACCCCUGGCCAACUGUCUGACAACAACAGCAGGCAGUAGGCCCCUGGGGCCAAGAAGUCACUGGGCUUCCACCACAGAGCCCCAUCUACCAAGUCCCAGGCACUGGGGAGGGGAGGAUGGUGUGAGGUUCAACUGGCUGUUACUUGCAACCUUGGAAACAAAUCAUGUUUUUUACUUAAAUUCUUUUCUCUGAAGAACCUAAGGGGCUUGGGUUGGGCAGCAGUCUCCCUGGAAUUCUGCAGCCUAGGUAGGGGAUAAGGAGAGGAAACAUUCUGGACGCUAGUCUCUUCGUUGGGAAUGAGCUGUGUGUCAAGGCUGGCUCAAGCCUAAAGCAGAGUUGAGAGCACACAUCUUUGGCUCCAGGUUCUCUGGGCUUCCUGAUGCAGAAGCUGAGUGUGUCCCUGGCAUUAACCUGCCAGCAGGGCUCUGGGUAGUCAUGUCUUAUACUCCCUUCAACUGUCCUGAGGUAGUGGCAGAAGUGGUUGGGCCUGUCUCAUCUAAGUUGGAAGAAGAUUCAAGAUCAGGAAGCUACCUCUCUGGGUGUCCGGGACGUGGUGCUCUGAAGUUUCUAUGGUCAUCUCUGGCCUCUCACUACUGGGACAAGAGCCUUCUCUUCUCCAUCUUCUCUAGCUUGUCAGGAACUAUACAGGAGCAGAAGCUUAGGGAAGGGUUUGUGUCUGACAGUCCUCUCACUUGUGAGAAAUAGGCGCAGAGAAGCCCUGAUGCAGUGUCACACAUGGAUGACAAGGGGCUAAGCUAUGUUUCUCGAGGGGGAAAACAUCAGGCAAGGCAUCUGCCUUCACCACAUGACUCCACUUGGCAGCCCAGUGUCUGGGUUGUUCUAGGGAAUUAUUUUAAGUUUUCCAACAAGCCCCAAGCAGAUGGUCUAUUUCCUUUAGCCUAGAUCCCUAGAAGAGGCUGGGAUCCAUUUGCCCCCCUGAAGCAGUCUAUCCUUACUCCCUGUCUUCUGCUUGGUUUCUGGAACUGGGCUUGGUUUCAGGCAUGUACAAGUUUUGUUCUUACUCCCACCCACCCCUUUCAUCCCACUAUCGACAAAUUAAGGGAGGAAGGGCCUCUGCACAGGGUUCUGCUACUGUGACUUCAGAAUAAUUCUGCUUGCCAAAUGACAACUAUUCACCAACUCACUGAUUCAAGUUUAGGACCACUGUUUUGUUUUGGAUUUAAAAACAAAAUAGGAAAACUCUGAUAGAUGCUGUUAUACUAGAGAAGAGGCAGUUCUUCCUCCUGCUUUGCUUGGCCUGCAAGUAGAGAAGGGGUUGACUGUCUUUUCUACCUCGUCUGGAAAUGACUAGAAUUACCAUCUGAUGGCCACCCUCCCCUGUCUGAGAAAGAUCAAGUGGACCUGAUAGUCAACAAGUACAGUAUUCGCUGGUCUGUGUUCUUUGUAAUUUGGAAAGUAAAGGAUUUGUUCCUGUGUCAUCUUUCAGUUUGUAUACAAAAUGGGGACUCUUGCAAUCUCUGGCUUUGACAGGGCAGGGCUGAUGGAUGAAAGACUCGGAAUGACUGGGGGUAGCAGAGCUAAGGAAAGUAAAGUUUUCUCCAUGCCCAACCCCAGGUUUAGGUGUGACAUACUAUCCCCAUGGGAACAGGUUCACCCAUCCAGCUGUCCUUGGCUAUCAAGGCCGGGCCUUAGCAAAUGAGGGAGGUGGGUUCUGUGCUCUUGCCUUUUUCAGGGUAUGAGACUAGACUCUGCUGUGCCUCCUUUUAAUAUCUUAUUAAAACGCAUUUGUCAAUUUCUCUGCUCCCAGCUGACAACAAAAUCAUUUUCCAACUUUGCUAACAUCAUAAGCCUUUCUUCUGGGAGAACUAGAAGGUAGAAUGUGCUGUUUCUCUCAGGAGCUGUGCACAAGCCAAGUCUUGUUUUCUCUGCCUCUGCCCCCGUUCUCUUUUCUCUGCCAACUGUGAAAGUAUGGGGAGGCUGCCAUCCCUGUCCUUUAAGUUCCCAAACCUGGAGUGCAUAGGUACUAAACCAAGCAGUACAACUUGUAAUUAAGAAGCUGCAGUGUUUACAUGUUUCUUAAUGUGUUGUCUUUUCAAUGGCUGUAUUUUAAAAGAACAUUUGUUUUAACGAUGUCUCUAAUUAAAGAAAGCCCUGUGGCUUUGGAGGCAUUGUGCCCAUGGUCCACCA